AUGGGAGGAUAUAGGCAGCGGUACGGUACAUGUGAACGCACCGUUAUUAUGAACAUCAACAACACAGGUGAAUAUUUACCACUAAUCCAAAAUUCUUUUCUAAUAUGGGAUGUACGACAGAAUAAACAAUAA